AUGGCUCCUACCGAAAGCAGCAAGCGCUUGGCUUUGGCCAUCAUCGAUUUCCUAGGCUCCAGCUUGAAAGACGGCACCCUCACCGCCGACGAUGCCGAGUCUAUUGAAAUCGCCCAGUCAUGUAUCGCCGAUACCUUCAAAGUUGACCCCACCGAUGAGGCUGCUGUGAAGGAUGCCGUGGGCGGACAAUCGUUAAUCGGAAUUUAUAACGUCUAUGAGAAGCUGCGCGGCAAGUCAACCCCGCAAUCCACUGGUGCAGCCCAGCCAGCUCAAGAAGAGAAGCCAAAGGCCGGUGUGCCUACGCCGGAAUCCGAUAAGUUGAAGUCUGAGGGAAAUUCUCUUAUGGCCAAGAAGGACUACGCUGGUGCCAUUCAGCAAUACACUAAGGCUCUCGAGAUUGCCCCUGCCAACCCCAUCUACCUCUCCAACCGUGCCGCUGCCUAUUCCGCUUCAGGCCAGCAUGAAAAGGCUGCGGAGGAUGCGGAGCUCGCUGCUGCCGCGGACCCCAAGUACUCCAAGGCGUGGAGCCGUCUGGGACUCGCUCGCUUCGACAUGGGAGAUUACCAUGCCGCUAAGGAGGCCUACGAGAAGGGGAUUGAGGCAGAGGGUAACGGCGGCAGCGAGGCCAUGAAGCGUGGCUUGGAGACGUCGUCUCGCAAGCUUGAGGAGGCCUCCCGCACCAGCGAACCUCCAUCCGAGGAGCUUGACACUGCCCCUGGUGCCUCCCGCGGAGGAGCGGGUGGCAUGCCUGACCUGGCUUCCCUGGCUGGUAUGUUCGGCGGUGGUGGCGGUGGUGCUGGUGGUAUGCCCGACUUGGGCUCUCUGAUGAGCAACCCAAUGUUCUCCAGCAUGGCACAAAACUUGAAGAACAACCCCGAUAUGCUGAGCAACCUGAUGAGCAAUCCUCUCAUGCGCCAGAUGGCCGAAAACUUCGGCAAAGGUGGCGGUAUGCCUGACAUGUCCAGCCUGAUGAGCGACCCCAACAUUGCGGAUAUGGCUCGUAACAUGAUGGGCGGCGGCGGUGCAGGCGGACCUGGCGGAGCUGAUCGAGGCUUGAACUAA